GUCCUGAAAUUAUAUAGCGAGAGGUACUAGGGUAGAGUUCAGUCAAUUCAGAACGUUGAAGAAUAACAAUACAAAGGUUGAUAUCCAUUGUGAAUCACGGAGGGCAGGUUAAAGAUGAUGAAUAAACCACAGAUAAUUGUGAUACCUCAGAACAUGCUCUCAGAGCAAAGCAGAAACUAUUUAAAGCAAAGACUAGUUCUACCCUCAGCUCAAAAACCUAUUGCAGCAGUUGUUGGGAACAAACGUCCUAUUCCCAGCCUUCCAACUGAACUGAAGCGCCCCCUGCCCUCAUUGUCUCCUGAAUGGGUGACCCUGAAACGCCCCUUGGCCGAGGUUGAGAUAAAAGAAGAAAAUGAAGAUGAUGAACCCGCCAGAAAGAGAACCAAUCUUGAUCAUCUAUCACCAGAAGAAAGAUUGUUAAGAAGAAAAUUAAAGAACAGAGUCGCUGCACAAACAGCCAGGGAUAGAAAGAAAGCAUAUAUUGAUGAACUAGAAGAAGAGCUUGCAAAGAUAAAGGAAGAAAAGAGAAAACUCCAAGAAGAAAAUUCCCGAUUACAAAAUUCUAAUUUAAACCUUCAAUUAGAGAACUCCUCCCUACUCCAGCAGAAUAAGGAUCUAGAAUCUAGGUUGGGAAAUAUACAUGUUCAGCUCCCUCUCUCACCCCUCUCCAUCCCUAGAACACCAUCCCCUAACAACCCUUUGCCGUCCCCAACCAUGUCCUCCCCGUCCUCGUUGUUUGAGGUCCCUGAGGUAGAUGAUGAACCUGCCCUGGUAUCCCCUGAGCCCGCUGUGCUCGUUCCUCUGCUGCAGGAAGGAUACCAGGAGUACAGGAGGUUGGACCCGGUGUUGUCGUCCAAAGACUUGACGACCUGGUCCACCAACUGUGUGUCGCAGAUUCUCAUCUGGUCCUUGAUGGUCCUAUUAUACAACAGGACGCAGUCCCAGCAGUCCCUACCCAGCAAGUCCCUCUCCCCGAAGAAGAGGUUUAUCUUGAACAGUUCCAACAUCUCGCCGAUAUUAACGUGUUCAGCCCAGACAUUUCUACGCCCCUUGAAAAAGAGAUUUUCCCUGAAUCAGACUUCACCCUGGAACCUCAAUAUUCCGCCCCUGGAGGAGUCUCCGCCCCUGAAACCUCCACCACUGGAGUAGAUUUACAGCUUGAAUUUAAACCCUAUGAGGAUUCCUCCGCUCUGCUCGACACUCCCACUGCUGAACAGUUGCUGAAAGAUCUCUGGGUGGAGUCCAACAUGAACAUCAAUGAAGACUGGGAGUCUAUGGAGUCCAUGGACUCCAGUAACCCAGAGGACUGGGAGGAAUCUCUUUUUCCUGAUCUAGAUUAGAACAUGGAGUUCCUAGGUUCUAUGUGGAAAAAUAUGAUAAAUUUAUUAUAUUAAUAUGGUUUGUGAUAAAUGGGUUUAAAUAAAAGCAUAAAAAAUCAA